AUUUAUUCGGGUCAACAAUUUCAUGCUGUCUUGUCUUGUUAAAUUAAAAAAGAUAUAAUAAUGCACCAUAUACCUCUCCCAAAAUUUUGCCAUUAUUGUGUACUGACCAAUAAUCAAACUAUACCUAAAAGGGGUAUGGAGAAACUUGUUUCAAAUUGGUCCAAUAUCCAAUCUGUGCCUGAGAACUACAUAUUUCCACCAGAAACAAGACCAGGCGAGGAUCUCAAAAUUCCAUUCAGCCACAGCAUCCCAAUAAUUGAUCUCAAUGAAGCACAGAAUGGUGACAGAACAAAAACAAUUCAGAAAAUCAUCAAGGCUGCUCAGGAGUUUGGAUUCUUUCAUGUUCAUGCUAAAUGCUUUACUUUUGUUAUCAAUCAUGGAAUCUCGCUGAAUGAAAUGAACGAAACAAUGAGGCUUUUCAAAGAGGUGUUUCAAAUGCCAAAUGAGUACAAGCAUAGCUUGUAUCUUGAUGAUGAUUUGAAGACAUGUAAGAUACUUACUAGCAGUCUGAGAUAUGAAACAGAAAAGGUUCAUCUAUGGAGGGACAGUCUUAGACACCCUUCUCAUCCUUUGGAGCAAUGGCAACACUUAUGGCCUGAAAAUCCAACUACAUACAGAGAAUGUGUUGGGAAUUUUUCGAUUAAAAUUAAGGAUUUGGGAUCAAGGAUCUUGGAUUUGAUAACUGAAGGGCUUGGUCUGAAGUGUGGAUACUUUGAUAACGAUCUUACCGGAUCAAUGAUUAUCUCAGUUAAUCAUUAUCCACCAUGUCCUAAACCGAGUUUAACACUAGGUCUAACCAAACAUAAAGAUCCUUACCUCAUCACAAUUUUAAUGCAAGAUGAUGUUAGUGGUCUUCAAGUAUUAAAGGAUGGAAAGUGGAUCACUGUUGAGCCUCUUCCUCAUGCAUUUGUCAUCAACAUAGGACAUCUGUUAGAGAUAAUCAGUAAAGAUAAGCUAAUAAGUGCUGAACAUCGAGCUGUGACUAAUUCAAGUCAAACUCGCACAAGUGCUGCUUUUUUCAUAGCUCCAUUAGAUGAUUGUCUCAUUGAGCCAGCACAAGAAAUCAGUGAUGAGAAUGAUUAUCCUAUUUUAAAGUCUUUCAAAUACAAGGAGUUUCUCAAGGAAUUCUUUAACUCACAUCACAUGGUGACACAGUCCUCCUAAAAUCACUUGAGGCACCAAUGGAUUAAGUGAAAUAUUGUAGAAGGAAAUUAUACAAUAUAGUAUCCUAGGGAGGUGUUGUUACUAAUUGUGGGGUGUGCGUGUGAAGAGGAGGAUGAGUCUAUAGUUGUUCCAUAUGAACGUGAAAUGCCUUUAAAUAUUAUGUUCUUCAUAGAAUCUAUUGAAAUUCAAAUUAGUCUAUUCUUCUCAA